AUGUGGAAGUAAUUGUGCAAGUUGUGCUUCAAAUUAUUGUGGAACAUGUAAGGAAGGGUUUUCUCCAUCAGACAGCACUGCUUUAAAAUGCACUUUAGGUAACUCAGAUUAAGAUUUAAUAGCCUGUCAAAGUGGACAUAAAAAGUGUUCUAUUGUUAACGGUGUAUAUGCAUUUGA